AUCAUAAUUUAGUACUUUAUAAUUUUAACAUUUUUUCAUUAAUUUGUGGUUCGUACCUGUGGGAAUUUGAUUCUUGCUUUUUCACAGACGAGUGGUGAGUGUCAAAAUGUGUUUGAGAAAUGGAGAUUUGAAGUUUACUAAAUGUUGUUAAGAUGGUUGCACAGACAUUCACUGUUGAUUUGAAUAAACCCCUAGUCUUCCAGGUUGGUCAUCUUGGAGAAAGUUAUCAGGACUGGGUUCACCGGCCUAUUGUGAGGAAGGAAGGUCCUAGGUUCUUUGAGAGUGAUUUUUGGGAGUCCUUGACUCGAACUGUCUGGUGGGCGAUUCCAACCAUAUGGCUGCCUGUUGUUUGCUGGUGCAUCUCAAUGUCUGUACGUAUGGGGCAUGCUUUUCCCCAAAUUGCUUUAAUGGUUGCUUUUGGCAUUUUUGCUUGGACACUAGUGGAAUACGUUUUGCAUCGAUUCCUUUUCCACAUUGAAACAAAGAGUUAUUGGGGAAACACCGUACACUACCUUCUUCACGGCUGCCACCACAAGCACCCUAUGGAUAGCCUGCGGCUUGUUUUUCCACCUGCUGCAGCUGCUAUAUUAUGCAUUCCGUUUUGGCACCUGGUUAAGCUUUUCGCCACUCCGUCCACUACGCCUGCUGUGUUCGGAGGUGGUUUGCUUGGGUACGUCAUGUACGAUGUUACCCAUUACUACCUGCACCAUGGCCAGCCCUCCAACCAAGUUCCUAAAAACCUCAAGAAAUAUCACUUGAACCAUCACUUUAGGAUUCAAAAUAAGGGUUUUGGGAUCACUUCAGCGUUUUGGGACAUAGUUUUUGGAACCCUUCCUCAAAGUAAGGCCACCUGAGGAGGCUUACAUAAUUUAGUAGGCUAGUAUAAUAGCAAACAUUGAUUUGUUCUCCAACAAUAUUUACUCGUGCUUGUAUUUUAUUUUUGGGUAAACUACAUGUUAGUUCCCCCAAUUAUUACCUUUGUUCUGUUCUGGUCACCAACUAUUUUUU